UAUGUCUUAAACAUCUAUCGAAGAAGAAUAUAGUGUUAUCAGCAAAUUAGGCUGUGGAUUUUCAGCAGAGUAAUUGUUAUGAAUUGAAAAUUAGUGUCUAAUUAGUUUAAAGAUCAGGAGAAUUGAUGGCACUGAAAGUAUUUAAAGCUUAAAAAGAUAAACUAUACGAAAAUGAGAUUCGAAUAAUGAACAAGUUGAGUCACAUUUCAGGUGUAAUUAGAAUAAGAGAAAGCUUAAUAAGAGGAUGUAUAAUGAUGGAUUAUGCAAAAUAUGGAAACUUAUUAUAAUACUUACAAUAAUCAAGAUUAGAAGAAAACAUAGCUAGAAGUUUCUUUAAACAAAUAAUAUUUAGUAAUAAUUGAGAAAAUAUUAUUGUAGUAAUUGAUAAGAUUCACAAGAUGGGUAUUGCUCAUAGAGAUUUAAAAUUAGAAAAUAUAUUAUUAGAUGAUUAAUAUAAGUUGAAGAUUUGUGAUUUCGGAUUUGCAGUUCAAUAUUUGGAUGAAUAAGGUAGAAGAAUAAAAGUGAAUGAGUAAUUUAUAUUUUUAUGUUUGUAGUUUUGUUGGUACACCUUAAACUGCAGCUCCAGAAACAUAUCUUUAAUAACCAUAUCAUCCAGUGGAGGCAGAUUUGUUUUAGUUAGGAGUUAUUUUAUUUUAAAUAUGCGCUGGAUCAAGUCCAUUUCAUAAUGCAAAUAUCAAAUGUGAUGCUAAUUAUUAGUUUAUUUAUAGGUAAUAUUUUGUAAGAUUAUGUAGAUAAUAAACUGGAAAGUUUUGGGAAAAACAUUAGUCUGAGUUUUCACCUGAAUUAAAGGAUAUAAUAGUAAAACUUUUGGCCUUUAAUCCAAAUCGGAGAUUAUCAGUAAUUUAUUUAUUUAUUUUAUAUUAUAGAUAUCUGAAAUUCAAUCUCAUCCUUGGAUGUAAGGUCAAGAAGCUGAUUAAUCAUCAAUUAAUGAUGAAAUGGAAUACAGAUGGUCAUUGCUUACUUUAUAAAUCUGAUAAUUAAUUACUAUAACUUAG